AUGAAUGAGAAAGAUAGAGGAAUUAUACAACUUAUUUGUGGAAUACCAAUUAUUUUUGCUAAUGGAAUAGUUCUUCACAUACUUUGGAAGUACAUCAACAUAAGUGUACCUGGAAAUAUUUUAAUGUUGAAUUUAUCAUCUGCAGAUAUCUUGGUGGGCAUCGUCUUAAUCUGGCAGGCCAUUUUCAAUCUUAUUGACUAUUUGCAAGUUUUACCAGUGCAGUACUUUGUUAUUUUAUUUUCAAUGUGUACGAUGUACGUUAUGAUGUGCAGAGCUGCGGUCACCAAAAGACGCCAAAUUGUGUCAGUUGAAUCAAAUCUCGUUUUAAACUCUCGUUUGAUGAAAUUCCAACAUGAACUUAGAGCAGCAAAAUUUAUGGCAGUUAUUUUGGUUAUAUUCAUGUUCUGCUGGACACCGUUUGCCAUAAGUUUAGUCUAUCAAGCAUCAGCAACAAAAUUAAACGAACUCUUGAUCCACAUAUCUGAGAUAUCUGCUUUUUUCGGAGUUUUGAAUUCAUUCGUCAACCCGGUUGUCUAUCCGCUACAAAACAGACGAUUCAGAAAUGCUACAUAUCAAAUAUUUGGUCGUAUCAAAAAAAGAUUUGCAAAACCUCAACAAGAUACAUUCAGUACAGUUAUAUAAAUUUUCUAACAAGAACGCGGUGUAAACAAAUAGUUGGUACAGAAUGAGGAACAAAGAUGAAUCAUCUUUCAUCUUU